AUGAGUAGUAAUACAGGAACACUAAUAGACACAGUAUAUGAUAUGUCACCAUUGCGUCCUACAGCAGUCUAUAUAACCAGUAACAAUAAACUUCUCGUAGGAGGUUUUAAUUUAGACUACCCUCAACCAGGAAGACGAGUUGUUAUACUAAUGAAUCAGAAUGGAGCCCAUGAGAGAGUGUAUGAACAUGAUCAACAUCAACAACCUAUGUUUAAAUAUCCUUACAAAAUAACCACGACCAGUAAUGGGAAUAUGUAUGUGGUUGAUAGAAUAAGUGAUUACGAAAAUAGAGUAGUAGUGUUAGGACAGAAUGGUGAUAUGAUCAAUAUUUAUACAGGAAUCAUACAGAUCAACAAAGACCGGCCAUUCUUACCAGAAGAUAUAGUGACAACACCCAGAGACAAUGUUAUUGCAGCUGAUAUGAGAACUCAUACACUUCAUAUCCUGAACAAUGCUGGUCUGCUGAUGACUUAUUAUAAAACAAGUGACAUAGGCAUACUUUUACCUUGGUCUCUUGCAUUCAGUCCAUCUGGAAAACUCUACAUAGGAAAAAGUGGACCAGAAGGCAGUAAAACCAUGGAGGCCAAUUUAUACGAAGUGACCAUAUCAGGAUUUUGA